GAAGUAGCCCAGUCCAAGAUGGCGACCAACUCGAUUCACGUGCUCGUUUGUUGACAAGUAUAAAUAAUCAAGGUUUUUGCUUCAUUUGCGAGUUUACAAACCUACAAUAUGUCGAGACUUAUCGUUAAAAGCCUUCCAAAUGGGAUGAAGUUGGAGAGGUUCCGAGAGAUGUUUGCAGCCUUUGGGACCGUAACUGACUGCCGCCUCAUGUUCACCAAGGAUGGCAAGUUCCGCAAGUUUGGCUUUGUCGGAUUCAAAUGCGAGGAAGAUGCAAUUACAGCGUUGAAGCAUUUUAAUAGGAGUUUCGUGGAUACAUCCAGAGUGACUGUGGAGCUGUGUAAGGCAUUUGGUGACCCUACUAAAGCAAAAGCAUGGAGCAAACACACUCAGAACUCUGAACCAGACAAACCAACCACGCAGACUGAAACUGCUAAUAAAAAGGAGAAGGACAAAAAGGAAAGCAGUGCACUGAAAAAUCUUGAGGAGGACGAGCAGUUCAAGGAGUUCCUGUCAGUGCAUCAGGUUCGGUGCAAAGUACCAACAUGGGUGAACGAUACAGUGGAGCAGACAGUCGACCCUGACAGUGCCAAGGGAAAAGGCAGGAAGAAGCCGGCUUCUGAUGAUUACCUCAACUUUGACUCUGACCAGUCGGACGAUGAAUAUGAAGAGAAAAAAGAAGACGACGAUGAGGAGGAGGAGGAAGACACUGGAGAUAACUACACCUCUAAAGAAGCUCUGAAGUCCAGCUUGUCAGAUAUGGAUUAUCUGCGCUCAAAGGUGGUACGAACCGUGGACGCUACGGAUGAAAGCAAUGAGAAGGUUGACAAGCAACAAGGGGAGGAAGAGGAUUGUGGACUUGCACAACUCAACGACAGUGUUCACAAGAGUGGGAACCAGGAUGACUCCUGCAAGAAGAAAAUCCCUGUUUCGUCUGAGGAUAAGAAGCAGGGAAAAGCCAAGAAAGAUGCAAGGCAAGAGUUUGAACCAACAACAGAGUUCACAGUUAAGCUGAGAGGACUCCCAUUCAAUGUUAAAGAGUAUGAAAUUCGAGAAUUCAUGACACCGCUGAAGCCCGCUGCCAUCCGAAUCGCAAGAAAUGAACAUGGCCACCAAACAGGGUAUGCAUAUGUAGAUCUUCACUCUGCACAAGAAGGUGAAAACGCCUUGAAGAAGAAUAAAGACUAUAUAAGAGGCCGCUACAUCGAGGUCUUCCGUGUCGAAGCAUCCGGACGGAAGACGACUGACCAAAAGGCCGAAAAAGUUCAACAAAACUUCACCCGGAAACUGAAGGAGGACGAGGAAGUAGAGGAUGUUGCAGAAUCAGGACGCCUUUUUGUCCGAAACCUCCCUUACACGUGCACAGAAGAGGACAUCAAAGAAAUAUUCUCGAAACACGGUCCUUUAGCCGAGGUGGUCUUCCCCAUUGACACUCUAACAAAGAGUCCAAAAGGUUUUGCUUUUAUAACGUACAUGAUUCCUGAAAAUGCUGUGGCAGCUUUGGCUCAGCUAGAUGGGCACGUAUUUCAGGGUAGGAUGAUUCACGUGAUUCCAUCCAUAAUAAAGAAGGAAAAAAGUAACUCUUCAGAAGCCGGCGGUCCCGGCUCCUCAACUUAUAAACGUCAAAAGGAUGCAAAAAACAAAGCGUCUAGUUCCAAUUCACACAACUGGAAUACGCUCUUUCUGGGCACCAGCGCAGUGGCCGAUACCAUUGCGGAAAAAUACGCCACCACCAAAAGCAAAGUCUUGGACCAUGAGACAAAGGGAAGCGUUGCAGUACGAAUGGCUUUAGGGGAGACCCAGAUUGUUCAAGAGACUCGCCAGUUUCUACUAGACAGCGGUGUGAAUUUGGAUGCCUUUAGUCAGGCAGCUGCCGAGAGAAGCACAACGGUGAUGUUGGUGAAGAACCUUCCAGCCGGCGUGACCGUCUCAGAGCUGGAGGAGCUCUUCUCCACCCAUGGCUCUUUGGGGCGAGUGCUGCUGCCGCCUCCCGGCCUUACCGCCCUCGUGGAGUUCCUGGAGCCCACGGAAGCCAAGCGAGCUUUUACAAGACUGGCCUACACCAAGUUUCGUCAUGUCCCACUGUAUUUGGAGUGGGCGCCCAUGGGGGUGUUGGUUGCAGCCAAACCCGCACCAGUGAGAGCAAAGGUUGAGGAAGAAAAGAAGGAACAACCAAUGGAAGAAAAAGGAGAGGAUGAAGAAGAAGAAGAGGAGGAAGACUCUGUUCCUGGUUCCACACUUUUCAUCAAGAAUCUAAAUUUCAGCACAAUAGAGGAAACACUUCAAGAGACUUUCUCAAAAUGUGGCAAGCUGAAGUCAUGCACAAUCUCCAAGAAAAAACAUAAAACUGGCAAAAUGCUGUCAAUGGGCUAUGGAUUUGUUCAGUAUCAUACCACUGAGGCAGCACAGAAAGCCUUGCGACAGCUCCAGCGCUGCAAUGUUGAUGGACAUUGCUUAGAACUGAAGAUUUCAGCGAGAGCUACAAGGACUGCUGAAGUGUCACACAAGAAAAAGCAGGUGCAGAAGAAGCAAACGGGAUCAAAAAUCCUUGUGCGAAAUGUCCCUUUCGAAGCGACUGUCAAGGAAGUUCGAGAACUCUUCUGCACAUUUGGAGAGCUGAAGACAGUCCGCCUUCCCAAAAAAUUAGCGGGUACUGGGAGUCAUAGAGGUUUUGGCUUUGUUGACUUUAUCACCAAGCAGGAUGCCAAGAAAGCAUUUGCUGCCUUGUGUCACAGCACUCAUCUUUACGGAAGACGCCUUGUGCUGGAGUGGGCUGAUACGGAGGACACAGUAGAGACACUGAGACGGAAAACAGCUGAACAUUUUCACGUGGACAGCAAAAAGAAACGGAAGGCAGGGAUGCUGGGGGAAAUUCUGGAAGAUAUGGAAACUCCACAUGAUGCGGAGGACUGAAAGUGAUGUUGCCUAUAUUGAAGCCAUAAAGAAUUGAGGGGUUGAGAGAUGUGUUGUCACUCAAUCUGAAGAUUGGGAGUUUGAUUCCUAAUGACCACCUCACAGCCUGUUGAGGUAUUCUUGAGCAACAUACCCCAAUUUUGCUGGAUCUGAGCGUGUGAAUCCACUACAAUUCAUGCCACCAUCAUUAGCCAUUAUGUUAAUAAAGAUGGAAUAAAGUACGGCAAAAGAGGUGUUAGGAAUUACAUUUAAAACAGUCUUGAUCUCAUAUGAGGGUCUAUUCAGUGUAGAUCUGUUUUAUUUAA